GUGUCCACGAGAGCGUUUUGGAGUUGUUGGAUUGUGUAUUUGAUGAGUUUGAUGAGGGAAAGCCGGAAUACCGUCUGCUUACAUUGAGUUGGCACAGCAGGUCCGAACUCAGCAGCGGUAAAUAUCUUUGCAGCACUCAACACUCAACGACAGAGCUGGCUGCACUGUGAUCAUCUUCGUCCCAUCCUUAAAACACACCGAGACUCUGGCCCGGCUUCCCCCCCCUGCGUGUGCGUGUGUUCAGCGGAGUCUGGGAGGGGCAUCUGUCCGUCAGUCUGUCCGUCCGUCUAGGCAAUGGCGGAUGAGGAGGCCACCGUAUCCGUGGAGUGGGACAGCGGUGAUGGGGGCUUAGCAGAAUAACAUCCCACGCCUGCAUUCGUCUUUUCUCUGUUUAGCUUGGUAAUCACCUCUCGCCAUGGAUCCAGAGAAAACGCUGACAUUCUGCAAAGGGCUGAAGGCUGUGGAGAUGACCAUGUCCCUGCAGGGGCUGGACGGGACUGAAGCUGCCACGGUGGCUGCUUCUCCAAAGGAGCCUGAAGUGCGCACAGUUAACAAGGUGGUGAAGCAUAACAGUUCCGGUAGCCGGCCUGUUGUCAGUCCCAAGUACUGUCCUGGGGUGAACAACAAUCCAGGUUACCUGUGUGAGACAGGGCACUGCUGUGGAGAGACAGGCUGCUGUACCUACUAUUAUGAACUCUGGUGGUUCUGGCUGCUGUGGACAGUUCUGAUCCUCUUCAGCUGUUUCUGUGCAUACCGCCACCGUCGGACCAAGCUGAGGAUCCAGCAGCAGCAGAGACAGAGGGAGAUCAAUCUGAUUGCUUACAAUGGAGCCUGCAACUACCCUUCUUCAAUGCUGGACCUCAGUUUUUUGGCUUCCUUUAAGUUGCCCUCCUAUGAGGAGGUGGCAGCUCAGCCCACCACCCCUCCUCCACCUUACAGCUCCGUCUUUGCCCUGCAGGGAGGCGCUAUCGGGGGCCCUAGCUCCUCUUACCUCCAUCACCACCACCACCGUCACCCCUGUCCUCCCUACCUGGGCCCCGGUCCCAGUGCCCUGACUUCCUCCCAGAGCUCUGACAACUACACCAGCUGCUCCUGCGAGUCAUGCUCCCUCACCUCCCCCUCCAGCACCUCCUUCUCCGUCCAGGUAACGGAUGAGACGUAUGAUAGCAGCCACAUGUCCACACCCAGUGAUGCAGGGGCCGACUGCGCUGUUGUGUCAAGAAUCGGGGCCAAUUUCACACCUACUCCUUCCCCUCCACCACAAGUUCCACCUGACGUGAUACCCGUGGUCACUCCAGAUGUCGUACCUGUCCAAAGACGGUCCUCUAACGGCAGCGAUCGAGUUUCACCUCCAGCUCCGCCACUCUCUCUCUCUUUGCACUCUCAUCCUCAUCCGACUCGUCUCCCACUUUCCCCCCUCAUCCUGCUCUCUUCCCUCCCCCCUGGUCAAGUCCAUCCUCUCGCCCUGUCAGAUCCACUCGGAGCUGUUGCCGCUCAGAAAUUCAAAGACGAGACCUCCCCUUGUGGUCCAACCCCCAGGCCCACUGUGUCUCCACCUAAACCGAUGCCCCUGUCUCCAAGUGUUGCUUCUUUCUCUCAUUCCAUCAGCAAAGAGGAGCAAAAACAAGACAAAGAAGAGGAGGAAGAGGAAGAAGAUGAUGACGAGGAGGACCAUUUCCGCCAUCGUCGGCUGACAGGUGACUCCGGCAUUGAGGUGUGCCGCUGCCACGUGAAGAGAGAGGAGGAGGACGGAGUGCAAAAGGGGCUUUCUGGUAAAGGCGGAAAAGAGGCUGUGAAGGAGGUGGAGAGGGCGGACGUGUUGCAUGACAGUAAGGACUGCUCGCUCCAAGCGAAGGCUGCUGUCCAGUCGCCGCUCCUUGACGACUGCGCCGAGCACUGCGGCCACGUCUCUUCAUCCUCCAGCAUAACAAAGAAGAUAGGCAAGGCCUUCUUCAGUGUGGAGACGUCGUAAGCUAACAGCAAGUGAGACCUAGAAGUGGCAACAGUGAGAUGUUAAUGCUUGAUGGCAACCUCUUAGAUCAAGACUAGUAGGUGAAAAGCUGAAUCACUGAAGAAAAGUCUUGCAGGUCUGAGUGUCAUGGUCACACGCAGAGAGAUGGGAAGUGAUGUACUCUCUUGAUUUCUGUUUAAUAAAUCUCUAAUCAGAAAAUACAAGAGAAGCUGACAUCUGGAAUUCCCAGUAUUGUUUGAUUUUGGUUUGUGAAGCGGCGUAUCUUUUUCCUGAUCCUUCUCUGCCUCCAUUUCCCCAUCGUAAAUCCAUUUUCUCAAAAAGCUCUGUUUUGAAAUACUAACAUACCUCUUUCUCUCUACACAUACCUCUGUUAUUCAUCUCUUUCCUGCAUGAUGCAACACUGUAGAAAGAGCAUUACAUUUGAAAUGUUCCUCCCUCACCAUUAGAGUCAGGACCUAUAAAAAGAGAUACAUUCAAUGAUUAUUUACUGUAUGAAAAGAAGACAGAGUAAUUCUGUUUCAACAUAUAUAUAUAUACCAAUUUGUAUGAUUCACAUAGCUUCACUCUUUUGGGAAAAUUAGGAUUUGUUUGGACAUUCAAAAUAAACAUUCUGACCAACGUUGGAGUCACAAAACAGCGUUUUCAGAGGGUUUGGAGGCAUUGCCCAUUAACCAUCAUGUCAUUCAUUCUACACAGUUUAAUCAGCAGCUAUAAGAAUGAAAAUGACUGUUUAAUAUCUCAUCUAGUCUUAAAAAAUCGGUCUCAUAUAUUCUAGGAGUACUUGAGACUUACUUUCGUUUUCAAAGGAGCAGCUUCAAAUUUGUGUCUGAUUACAUUAUGUGAUCUUGAUGUACUUUCUAACUUUGAAAAAGGUCAGCAGCUAUUGACCACAUGGUUCAAUGACACAAAUUUGCCUAUCACCUUUUUUUGUUUGUUUGUUUUGUGCGGUGAGUUUCACCAGCUUUAUCACUCUGUCUAUCAGAGACGGCAACUAUUAUAGCUGAUUUUAAAAAGAAGUGUGUUUUAUACAUUGUGUCUUAUGUUGCCCCCUAUAGAGGGUGCACACAUGGAUUUAAAAAGUGUUGGUGGCAAAGCUUUACAAUGGUUUGUUGUUCCAGACUGUUACAUGAUUAUACUGUUUAAUUACCUGACUGUUUGACUUUGGAUUCAACGUGUUUGAACAUGUUCCUGGUCGCUCCUUGCCAUUUUUUGCAAGGCGAUGUAAAUCUGAUUCCUCCAUGAACAGACUGUUGAGUUUUUACAAGGCGGAAACUUUAAGCCUGAACUCAUCUAGAAAAUGAAUGUAAACAGUUAUGCAUUGCAACAAACACAUAUGUAGUUAUAUGUUUACAGAGAUUUUUUAUAGCAUGUUGCUUAACUGAAAACCUCUGGAAAAGUGUCAGAAACUGCAGCAGGGCAAUACAAUCUGCCAUGUGUGGGAUUUGAGCAGACACUUUGACGUGAAGUGCCCAUUGUAAUGUCUGAGUUAAGUAAUGCUUGUUAAACGUGUAAAAGUUGAGGGUUGAAGUCACAAGGAUGAUGCUGUGGCUUGGAAUUUUUUUUGUAAGAGAUUGACGUCUUUAAAUAUGUGCUGCUGAUUGGUCCGUUUUUGUGUGUUAAUCAGUUUGUCCGUUGUUGUCUAGUUCAGUGUGUUUUGCUCUGCCUCAGUGGGGGGAUUGUGAGGUUGAUACCCUUGAUUGAUGCUUUGUACAUCCUUUGAUUAGAUCAGGGUAGCCAAUCCUGGUUUUAGGAUUAGAGAGUACAUGUGUACCAUUCCCUCUGGUGAGUACAAAAUGUGCUGAAGCUUAGAAACCAUCAAGGAGAGAAUGUCUCUAACCACUCUUUUGUACAUACAGUAUGUGUCUUGCUAUAGAUGAGUCCAGUGUCUCAGCAGGCCACUUUGUUAAGUCCUCUGUGCUGUGUAAAGCUCACUUCACUGUUGAAUGCAUGAAAAGGAACGCUUUCCACUCAUGUAGAGUAAUAUGGGCAGAGAAUGUGGCCUCAGCUAAGCUUAAUAUGACCUUUAAUUGGCAGAAAAAUUGUGUCUUUGAGGAUACCUUUAAUAGGGAGCUGGUUUGUGUAGCAGUUUUGCUUUGUCAUGAAGGAUACUCUUUUUUUUGCUGUGACCCCCUAGGUGUAUCUAGGAGGUGAGAUGUCUCUAACAUAGAUCCAUAAAAAGCCUUUUGGAAUAGUGUUUAUUUUUGGCUUUAGGAUGGAGAGCUCUUUUCUUAUCAGUUCAAGCUAAUGUGGGCGGAUCAAAGUAUAUGGUGCCUAGAUGAAUUUAGAUUUUCUGUAUGCAUAUUAUACUUUACUGCUGCUAUGUGAGGGAGUGUCAGUGUGUGAGUUAUCUGUAAAUUGUGUAUAUUUGUACAUCAAAUGGUCAAGCAUUUUCUAGCAGUGCUUAGCAGUCUCUUUAUAAAACAUACACAGCACAUAGAUGGUGUGAUCUUUGCAAAAAUAGUAUUUAGCAAUAGUAUUCACAAUUUUUCCUUACUCUAGUUGAUGCUGGUUGGUAGGAAAUUAGCUGUUGUGAAAAAAAAGACAUUUACCUCUUUAUAUCUGAUCCGUGAGCUGUGCUGGGCUGAGGCCCCUUGAUUGUACAUAAAACUGCAUUUUAAAAGCCUUCGGCUCAACGUUCUCCCAAGUGCAAACUCGGAUUAUUUGGUUCUGUCAACAGCCCAUGUUUGUGCCUCUAAUGAAUUACUAUUACAUUAACAACGUAGCAUCUGUUAGUCUCAAUAAUUAGAUACCUGAUAGGCUUUAAUCUACAGAUUUCUCAAAAACUAUUUUUGUCCCUGGAGAUUUAAAAUAAAAGAUUUCCUCUGCUGCAUAUUGUGUAUUUUAAAACACAAGAAAGAUUGAGAGUUAAGUCAUUAUUUUAUUAUUAGUUAUUUAUACCAUGACCCUUGUCUUUACACUUUUUUAAAGUUACAUGAAAUGUAUUGCUUUCUCUCUUUUAAAGUCCCUGUAAAAUGAUUUUAAAAAAAUCUUUAUUUUAGGUUUGUUGUAUGGUAGGCCACUGUGUUAUGAACCAGCAGGUCAAAUUUCAGUCAUGAUAAAUAUCUCUAAGUAUAUAAUAUUAAGCUUUAAAAUCAUGAAAAAUUAUGCAGUUAUGUGUGGGCGAGCAGGUUAAAUGUGCCAAAGCCCGCCCACUCACAAGAAAUAUGAUCCUCUAAAUUUUAAAAAAUGGUACACAUGAAUGCAGAACUCCUCUGUCUGCUAUGCUGCCAUGUUACAACUCUCUUUUUAUCGUGACAGGCAGACAGUUAAGAACUAAAAAGUCUGUUUCAUUUCCUCAUCCUGUACUAAACUCUUCAAGAAUUCCUAAUAUUCCUGUCCUGAGUUACAUAAAGUUAUGUUUCUCUCCUGUUUAUGAGACGUCUUUGUUGUUAAAUAGCUGCUGAUAACACUCUAUAUCGUGAUGUUGCUCUUAAAAAUAAACGUCUUCGAUGAUGACUAGCAUUGGAGACUUUUAUUGUUAUAGACUUGGCAUGAACAGAACAUGUCUAUCAGCAGAUGCUUUACUGAACUUUAGCAUGGCAAUGCUAACAGACAGAGGAUUGAACUGUUGCUGCUUUGAGAGAGACAAAGCCUGGCUCUGUGCUAAAGCAGAGUGACAGAAGUCUGUUUUCUGUCAUAAAUCUUGCUGUUAUGAUACUUUUAAUGACCCAUAGGCCCCUGUGGCUUAUAAAUUUGACAAAUUUACCUCACAGUGAACGAAAACACAGCAUUUAGCUGGCUGUUAACUUAAAAUGAAUGUAGUGACAUCACCUAACAGCAGACCAUUUAGACAAACUGCUCAAUGAGUUUAUGUCUUUGUAAAGUUGGGGGCGGGACUAUUCCCAUAUUGCCCAGUGACAUCAUAGGCUGCUAUAUUUGCCCUGCCCAAAUUAAACUAAUCUGUGAAAGUGGUGAAUACUUUUUAAUGGUCUGAAUCCAAAAUUCUGUCAAACUGGAUCCCAGCCUUUUCGCAUGUUUACAGCAACCUUAUUUCAACAUACCUAGACACAAAUUUUGGAUUUUACUUUACAGGAACUUUAAAGUAAAAAUCAGCCAAACUGUUGUCUUACAACAGGGGUGUCCAAACUUUUUUUCAAUAAGGGCUGCCUCAGAAAAAUAUAAGGCUGACUGGGUCGCUUUGAUUGCCUCACCUGUAGUGUUUAAAUUUGUAAAACCAGUCUGACGUUCUGGUAAAUCAUGUGGUUAGUAAUUGAUAACAGACAUGUCACUAGCUGACAAAAGAAAUUGCUAAUCAUUGUCAAGGAUUUUGGGCCAGCUGAUCAGGUUUCAGGGGUCUCUGGUCAGCCCGUAGAGAUGAGAAUGAUGCUCCAUGCACUAGGGAGGGGAAACACUGACAUUUCAUCUCCACAUUCAGACUCAAAACAAGAGCAAACUGCAUGAAGCGGCCAGGUUUUAUAGUCAUGUUGGUGCUUGAAAAUGAUUAGCAUGAUAUGCUUUGGAAAUUGGACCAGGUAGCGAGGCACAGGAGAGUUGUUAUUGGCUGUUGUUUUCAUAGAUUAUGGCAUUAUGAAUCGAGGUAUCAUUAUUACAAUUGUCAAUAUGUAUAUCAUUUACCCGUUUAUUUCUAACUUAGUUAUGAAAAAAUGACAAAAUCUUCUUUUAAAAAUGUUUGACAGAAUUAACACAGCACCAUGUAGUGUUGGAGUUAAAAGAUAUGGUCAAGCUUCAUAGACUAAUGCGGGCCAUAUUUAAUUUUGUUUCUAUAAUUUGCUGUGGGACAAUAAAACAUGAACUGUGGGUUGCUUUUGGCCCCUGGGACAUAGUUUGGAUACCCCUGUUUUAUAACAAUUGAAGGAUUUGUGUGAUAAUUUCAGCACUGUAUGCUAAAUCUGGUCCUAAAUGAAGUUGGACUGAAUUGUAUUCACAGUAUACAGUGAUGACAAACAUCAUUCAUUCAAGUUAUCUGCUAAAUAUUUGAAUUAUUAUGUGUAAAAACCUAAACAUAAAAAGUCAUUUUUAUUCUGCAGAAGACUGGAUCUUUAUUCAUGAAGAUUUUCUGGCAUUGCUGGGUAUUUAUUUAAAUAGGAAGACGGAUGCUAAACUCCGGAGAUUAAAUGUAAUUGUAAUGUGGCACAAUCAGAGGCUAUGUAAUUACAAACAUGAUUUCACAGUGAAGCCAACUGAUCUGAGUUCAGUGUAUAUAGAGCUAGUUUGACUUUAUUUUGCCUUGUCAGCAGCCUGUAUGUACAGACAAAAUGCCCAAACUCUACCCUCAUUGCCACUGAAGGCCAAUGCCUGAUAUAAGACUGUUACCUCGCUGAGUUUUGACUGUAAAAAGGACUGUUUACUUCUGCUUAUCAAGAUAGUAUCUACUCUAUAUUUGUACUGACUUUAUUUAUUUUGUAAUGCCAAGAAUUGAAGGAUUGAAAACCAACACAGAGCCCACAUGACAUUAGUGUUACUGAACUCGUUAGCCAGGAAUCGAACAAAACAUGAAACCCUGUUGAUUCAGGAUCACUGAAGACUGUUUGUCUCCCGGGAAACAAAAUGUUCUCCUUUUCCUCCUGCAGCUAUGAGACAGCAGGCUUUAUACAAGUAUCUCUAUGUGAUUCUUUGUGGAAUAUUUCAGAUUGAUAUAACUACAAAGUGUGGUGUUCUUUUAGGGUAUCCUUGUGCGUUUCUACCUGCAGCUCUUACUGUGUCGUACGCAUGUGUGAGAGUUACCGUCAGCCGUGUUGUUGUGAUGUCAAAUCAUUGUUGCUUAUUAUCAGGCCAAAGUUGAUUGUUGUUGUUAACAUGAUAAUAAUAUCCAGACAUUUUUAUGCCAUCAUGAAUAUGAAGUCAAUUUUGUAUGUUGGCGUAUAGCAGAAAGAAAUCUGAUGUACAAUUGUAACAAUGAGAUGCUUUUACAUUUUUGAAUUUUUAUUUUGUUUGCUCAUAUCAUGGUGCUUUUUUCCAGAGAAGUGGAUUUGUAUUAUUAGGUUGCUUCUGUUUUUUUUAUUGAUGCUCAUUUGUAUUAUACUAUGUUGAACAAAGACAUCUGCGCUACUUUA